UUCCAAAAUAGUUUUCGGCAUGGCAGAGAGACUACUCCCUUCCCUCCUCCCUCCAGGAGCAAGCCCAGACACAACUAAAGACUCACGUCUGUAGUGUCAGUCAGCCUUUCAUCUGGAAAACUCAGAGGAGCUGCUCCAACUCUGAAGAUUAUUGUUUGGGACAUGUAAUGCCGAAAACAUUUUAAUGUCCUAGCAUUUAUUGACAAUGGUCUGUCUGGACUGUAACUCCGUCUAGAGGAGGUGUCUGCUGAAGAACUUAGCGAAGUGAAAGGGACGUUCAUCCUGCGAGCUCCAUUUCUGUGGAUGUACUUUUUCUGUGAUUGCAACUUCAGGAAGGUAUUUUCAAUUCUUUGGUCUUUCUGACACUUUCUGUUGACUAUCUACGACUCGAGGAGAUCUUUGCCUGUCUCUGUUCAGGCAUGACGGGUCAGGAGAGGAGUGAGGAGAAGAGUGAAUGUGUGUCCCUGUCUCCGAUGAGGGAGGCUGUGCCUGCCCCACCUGAGUGUGAGAGGGUGUGUGUGUUUGGGACGGGGGACCUGGGGCGCUCUCUGGGCCUGCGUCUGCUGCAGGCAGGGUACGGGGUGGUGUUCGGCAGCCGACGGCCCCACAGCAGCAGCAGCCUCAUACCCCACGGAGCACAGGUCCUGGGCCAUGCUGCUGCUGCUCAGUCAGCCCAUCUGAUCUUCAUUGCAGUCCAGAGAGAACACUACGACUUCCUGGUACCACUGGCCAAUCAGCUAAAGGGAAAGGUGUUGGUGGACCUCAGUAACAACCUGAGGAAGAAUCAGUACCCAGAGGCCAACGCAGAAUACCUGCAAAGCCUGGUCCCUGGAGCUGAGGUGGUUAAAGGCUUCAACACCCUGUCUGCCUGGAGUCUGCAGAAUGGACCUUCAGAUGCCAACAGACAGGUGUAUAUCUGCGGGGAAAGUGUGGAGGCCAAGCAGGCGGUGAUGGAGGUAGCCACCAAGCUGGGUUUCAGUGCCCUGGACCGGGGCUUUCUCUCAGUGGCCCGGGAGCUGGAGGACUUCCCCCUGCAGCUGUUCCCCCAGUGGAGGCUCCCCCUGUACAUCGCCACUGGCCUCAGUGCUGCCUUCUUCUUCUACCUGCUGAUCAGAGACAUCAUCUAUGCAUACGUCACCCAGGGCAAAGACAUCUCCUUCAGAAUCAUGGUCUCACUGGCUAACAAGGUGUGUCCCAUCGUGUCUCUGAUCAUGCUGUCUCUCUGUUACCUGCCUGGUGUCCUGGCUUCCUUCCUGCAGCUCUACAGAGGCACCAAGUACAGGCGCUUCCCUGAUUGGCUGGACCGCUGGAUGCUGUGCAGGAAACAGCUGGGUCUUCUGGCACUGGGGUUCGCCUUUCUGCAUGUGCUCUAUACACUUAUCAUACCCAUACGGUACUAUGUGAGGUUCAAGGCCGCUGAACGCACUGUCUCUAUGAUCAGAGAGAACAGGACCACUGAGUUUGAUACAACGAUGGCCUGGCGUGGAGACUCCUACUUAUCUCUGGGAAUUCUAGGAUUUAGCCUGUACGUCCUAUUGGGAAUCACAUCUCUUCCCUCUGUCAGUAACGUUCUCAGCUGGAGGGAGUUCAGCUUCAUACAGUCCAAGCUGGGUCACCUGACUCUGCUGUUGUGUACGGCUCACACCUACCUGUAUGGCUGGAACAAGUUCCUGAGUUCCUCCACCUACAAGUGGUACACCCCACCGGGCUACAUGCUGUGUCUGGUGCUUCCCUCUGUGGUGCUGCUGCUCAAGCUACUGCUCAUCACCCCCUGUGUGGACCGAACCAUCACCCGCAUACGCCAGGGAUGGGAGAGGGGGGCAGAUCAGAGGAACCCUAAAGACAGCCAACCACUGAUACCUUAGACACAGACACACACAAAAUAACACCCUCAGUGUGAUGACAGCUUUGUCUUCAAGGCAUGAACUCUUGUUUCUUUGCUAUUAUA